AUGGCCAAGGACCGCUCCCUGGGCAAGAACGUGCAAGCCCAGGCGCGCAUCGCCGCCCACUACAAGAUCGGCGCUACCAUCCUGCAGGAGAUAGUGCGGCUGCAGAAGGCGGAGGGGCAGGGUGCGCUGGGAGCCAACUAUGCGCGCACGGCCAUCCGGUGCAACAUGGAGGUGCACAACUUCGCCUACUCCAACCGCCUCCUCCACGCCCUCCUCGCCAAGGCGCCCCCCAUCAAGCAGGCCGAGCUCCGCGCCCUUGCCACCAUCAACCGUUCCGAGGACCCGUCUCGCUUCUGUGCAGCAUGGCUGGCACUGCUGCCCACCAUUGGCCACGACGUGAGCGACACCUGCAAUGCGUGCUUCGCUGCCCUCGCCACCCCUGGCUGCCCCAUCUGCAGCAUGGGCACUGUCAGGCGCUUUGACAAGGCGAGAGCGGGUGCUGCUGGUGCAGGGGGGGGUGGUGCAGCAGGGAAGGCUGCUGCUGCAGGUGGGCAGGCAGGCAGAGGGGAGGGUGGUUGCCCCGUCACCCCUUAG